AUGGUGAAAGACUUUCAAGACAUCCAGCAGUUGGACUCUGAAGAAAAUGACCACCAGCUGGAUAGAGGACCAUCUCCCUGCCAGCAAUUUCUACAGCGUCUCUGCUCACAGCCUCGCCUCAGUCUGCUCUCCUUGAGCUUCAAUGUCCUGAUGCUGGUGGUCAUUUGUGUCAUUGGAUCCAAAAGCACACAACUGAGAAAUGAGCUUCAAGAUCUGAAAGAAAGCUUCAACAAUUUUUCAUCGAGAACCCUGGUGGAGGUCCAGGCUAUCAGCUUCCAUGGCGGCAACACAAGUGACAGGGUGACUGAUAUGGAAGAGAAGCUUGAGAAAUACAAGCAGGACCUAAAAUCAGAUCAUGACAACUUGAUCCUCCACCUGAAGCACUUCCCAACUGAUCUGCGCAUCCUGGAGUGCCAGCUUGAAUUCCUCCACAGCAACGGUAGGGGCACCAAGUGCUGUCCUAUUAACUGGCUGGAGCAUGAUGGCAGCUGCUACUGGUUCUCUGUCUCUGGAACAACCUGGUCUGAGGCUGACAAGUACUGCCGGCUGGAGAACGCCUACCUGGCCGUCAUCAACUCCAGGGAGGAGCAGAAAUUCAUCCUACAGCACUCGAGCCCCUUUCACACCUGGAUAGGACUCACCAAUAGUGGCGGAUCCUGGACGUGGGUGGACGGUACCAACUAUGAGAAGGGCUACCUGAACUGGGCUUUCAGUCAGCCAGAUGACUGGAAGGGGCACGAGAUGGGAGGAAGUGAAGACUGUGUUGAAAUCCGGUCAGAUGGCAGGUGGAAUGAUGACUUCUGCGAGCAGGUGCACCGUUGGGUGUGUGAGACCAACAGGAACCACACCGUCGGGGCUUGA